AUGUCAGGAGCCCCUAAGGAGAGUUUGGGGCCCCAGGGGCUGCCGGGGCUGGGCAAGGCCUGCUUAACCACCAUGGACAGAAAGCUCAACUUGCUGAAUGAGAAGGUUGACAAACUGUUACAUUUCCAAGAAGACGUCACGGAGAAACUGCAGUGUGUGUACCAAGGCAUGGGCCACCUGGAGCAAGGCCUGCACCGGCUAGAGGCCUCCCGUGGUCUGGGCCCGGCUGGGGCCGACCGCUCUCCACCGUCUGACGCUCAGACUGGGUGGCCGGAGGUCCUGGAGCUGGUGCGGGCCGGGAGGCAGGAUGCCGCCCAGCAGGGCGCCAGGCUUGAAGCCCUCUUCCGGAUGGUGAUGGCCGUGGACAAGGCCAUAGCUUUGGUGGGGGCCGUGCUGCAGAACUCGAAGGUGGUGGAUUUCAUCAUGCAAGGGAGUGUCCCCUGGAGGAAGGGAAGCCUGGCCGAUGUCCCUGAGGAGAACAAAGAACGAGUGGAAGAGAAAGAAGCAAAACCAAAGCACACGCUGAGCACCAGAGGUGUGCAGGCUGAGCUCAGAGGCCCUUGGGAAGAGAGCCAGAAGGUGGACCUGCCAGAGGGGACAGCAUCUGACCUUCUUACCCAGGCAGAGGCCUCACCAGAGCAGAGAGACGGAAUUUCUGGCCCAACUCCGGUGCGCCCAGAGGUGGAAGUCCAAGCUCCUAGAGCAUCCAGCGAGAACCCCGGGAUUGGCCUGGAACUGUCUGUGGUGUCUGAAAGGGUCAGUGAGGCUCCCACUGGCCAGGAGGCUGCAUCGCGUGCCAGUCGAGGAACAUCACCCAGUAGGCCUGACCCUCGGCCCUCAGUGGAGGGCAUGCGGCUGACUCCAGCACCGCCAGCUCAAGCCAAGGCAGCUCACAGUGGUGGAGAUACACCUCCAAGGAUCUCCAUUCAUGUGCAGGAGACAGAUACCCCUGGGGAACUGCUUGUGACACGAGGGGGCAGCCUCAGAACCUCACCCCCUGCAGAGACUCCAGCAGCUGUGCCUCCAAGUGAGCAGGACCCACCUGGGCCCAGGUGCUGCCCCCAGGCCCCCGGGACUGAGUCAGGAAAACCUAUCCCCAGAGGAGCCAGUGUGCGGAAGCAGAGCUGCGAUGGGGGAGCAAAGGCCAAAGAGAAGCAAGGACCUGGGUCCGAGCUGACCAUGGCGCCAAGCAGGGCCAGGAGGGACAAGGCAGCUGAUUCCGGGGCCCCAGGCCCACAGCAGGACACGAGCCCUGGAUCAGGGAACCCUGACCCUGGGAAGGACUGCACAGCUGGGGGUGCGGGCAGUGCCGAAGCAGGAAGGAGGACACCGCCAGGAGCUGAGGCGGGCAGCCUGGUUCUAGACGACAGUCCGGCCCCGCCAGCCCCUUUUGAGCACCGGGUGGUGAGUGUCAGGGAGACCUCGACCUCAGCGGGCUACGCCGUGUGCCAGCAUGAAGUCCUGGGAGGGGGCCGGUUCGGCCAGGUUCACAGAUGCACGGAGAAGGCCACAGGCCUCUUGCUGGCGGCCAAGAUCAUCAAAGUGAAGAGCGCCAAGGACCGGGAGGAUGUCAAGAAUGAGAUUAACAUCAUGAACCAGCUCAGCCAUGUGAACCUGAUCCAGCUCUACGAUGCCUUUGAGAGCAAGAACAGCUUUACCCUCGUCAUGGAGUAUGUGGAUGGGGGUGAGCUCUUUGACCGGAUCACAGAGGAGAAGUACCACCUGACUGAACUGGAUGUGGUCUUGUUCACCAAGCAGAUCUGCGAGGGCGUCCGUCACCUCCAUCAGCAUUACAUCCUGCACUUGGACCUCAAGCCUGAGAAUAUACUGUGUGUCAAUCAGACAGGACACCAAAUUAAGAUCAUUGACUUUGGGCUGGCCAGAAGAUACAAGCCUCGGGAGAAGCUGAAGGUGAACUUUGGCACUCCUGAGUUCCUGGCCCCAGAAGUCGUCAAUUAUGAGUUUGUCUCGUUCCCGACGGACAUGUGGAGUGUGGGAGUCAUCACCUACAUGCUACUCAGUGGUUUGUCCCCAUUUCUAGGAGAAACAGACGCAGAGACCAUGAAUUUCAUUGUGAACUGUAACUGGGAUUUUGAUGCUGAUACCUUUGAAGGGCUGUCAGAGGAGGCCAAGGACUUUGUCUCUCGGUUGCUGGUCAAAGAGAAGAGUUGCAGAAUGAGUGCCACACAGUGCCUGAAACAUGAGUGGCUGAAUAAUUUGCCUGCUAAAGCUUCAAAAUCGAAAGUUCAUCUCAAAUCCCAACUAUUGCUGCAAAAAUAUAUGGCUCAGAGGAAAUGGAAGAAACACUUCUACGUGGUGACUGCUGCCAACAGGUUAAGGAAAUUUCCAACUUGUCCCUAA